AUGGUUCGGAAGCAUUGUGCGCGUAGAUGGUGGCGCCGUGGACAACAUCAUUCUUCAACACAAGUACCUGCUAAAUCCGUUGCCUCAGCCAUAUCUGGUCCUAGUUUUUCCUUAUUUUCUGAUUCUCAGUCUCUAUUUAGUCGUAACCCUAGCAAUAGUCAUGUUGAAAACACAACUGAAAAUGUAGAAUUAGAGGGUGGAAAAGGCAACAAUAUUAAUGCUUCGUCAGUCGAUGAAACUCCCUACCAGUCAUUACCCGACACAAAUUCCGAACCAGUCAUUGGAGGUGUUCCUGUGACUGAUAAGGGAAAAGGUAAAUUUGUUGAGGAUUCUGAGUUAGGGGGAAGCCGACGUGAAUCCGUGCCUAAAAUAGAGACUCAACCAGUAGAUGUUGAUUAUAGCGAUGAUUCUCAGUUAAUGAAGAAAAAAAUUGGUGUCGCACCUAAGAAGUGUUGGGAUUUCCUUGUGCCUAUGGACUUAGAUUAUAAACCAAAGGUUGAUUGGGAUACCAACUGCCAUGUUAUUCAUCAAUUGAAAGCAAAUUUAUCAAAGAGGUUACGCUUUGGUUUGGGUGAAUUUGCACUUGUUACUGGGUUGAAAUUUAAGGGUGAUACAAGUAUAGAGAGCAUAUCAGAGAAUAGGUUGAUUUCAAAAUAUUUUGGGACUGCAUCCGUGAUAUUGGCCCAACUAGCAGACUGUUUUAAGAAGAAGAAAUGGGAAACAAAUGAUGAUGCGUUGAAGAUAGUAGUUCUUUAUUUUGCGAACAACUUUUUACUUUCUCAACUCAAAACAAAGAUUUUGUUGUAUGAAUGCUGCCCAAGUUUGGAUGGUCACUUUGCUGAUCAUACUGGAAACAAAUUUCCACGAAAUUUGAAUUGGGUAGUCAUGGGUCAAAUACCGAAUGAGCGAGUUACUUUGCGAAUGUCUAGCUUGCAACGCGAGCAGCUAAAGAACAUCACUCCAACUGAUGAUGAGAAGCAACUAUUUGAUGUGCGUGGUCUAAACAUUGAAAUUGAAGUUGAGUGCACUGACAGUCAGCCCGAUAGCUUUCAGGUUUUUGGCACUCAAUUACCAAAGACACAAAGUAUGCAUGAAAGUACUGGAGGUGAUUCCCAACCUACCAAUGCUGAGGUAAUGAAGGAGUUACAAAGUUUGAAGCUUUUUGUAGAGACCAAGUUUGAGGAGGUGCUUGUAGCUAUUGGUAGGCAAUCAAUGAAAUCAGAAGGAAAUUCGGCGCAUAAGCAACAGGAUAAUGAUCCUGACUUUCGUGAGAUGCAUAAUGAUUAUGACCAGUUUGAAAGUGGCCACGUUGGGAAUGAUCCUGUAGUUAUUGGAGAUAGCACGCCCAAAGCACCUUCUAUAUCUGGUUUUGGUGGGGUUGGUCAAGAUGGAGGUGCCACUGGUGUCAAUGUGAAGAACGUCACAGCAAGUGAUGGCGUAGUUAAUGAUGAUUUGCGUUCUGCCCCCUUCGUAAAUGAGCAUGAUUUUGGCUUGGAUUCUAACUUUGAACUGUCUGCAUCUGCAAUUGAUCAAAUCACCGCCAUUACACAACAAGCAACAUAUAAGCAGUCAUCUCAUGAUGUUAAAAAGUCGGGUCCUGCUCCGCUGCCAUCAGGAAUCCCUGUACAGACACGAGCAGAUGUUGUUAUUGAGUCUAAUACUGCUCCACAGGCAUGUCGGGUUGAUGGUGUUGGUCAAGUGGAUGUUGGUGGCAGUAAUGUGAAUUUGCCUUCUGCUUCAUGUCGUCACGGGGGUGAUCUUCACUUGGAUUCUGAUUUUGAAUAUACUGAUUCUCAACUUGAUCUAAUUGCUGCCAUUACACAAGGAGGGAGACGUAAUGUAAAUCAAUCUGGAAAUGAACUGACAACUCGUGCUGUAAAUAAGUCUAAACCUGAUCAGUCGGUAUCAAGAAGUAUUGUCCAGAUACAAACAGAUGUUGAAUCUACUCCUGCAGUUUUCACACGUAGAAGGCGCCCUGCAGCUGUAAAACAGUCGCCGUAUAGGAAUGACUGGCAAUCUGGUGUUAGUGCAGUUGGGGGAUCCUCGAAGGUUAUCAAAGGAAGAUUUCCAUUUGUAAAUGACAUUUUAGCGGUUGUUGAUUAUAAGCUUACGACUGCAUUCUCAAACUUUGUCGAAGCAAACAUGCAAUUGGGAGAGGAAGUGUAUUUACCUGGUGAUCAAAAGCUAGACCCUUGUUUUGACUUUGAAGUUGAACAGAUUGAUGAUAAGAUGUUUUUCCAUACCUUAAACUAUUCUGGCAGGCCGCUGUCUAGUUCGCACUUGAAUAUUAUAUUCUACUAUCUUAGGAAGAAGGCGAAAUAUGGAAUUAAUAUGCCAAUCAAAGUCACAACUACAGAUACUCUAUUUAAUAAUAUCAUUCAAAGGGUUUUCACAGAAUUUGUAAAAGGUGGGAAACAAGAUCAUUUGAUUGAUCGAUCAGACGAUAUCAUGGAGUACAUGAAAGGAUUAAGGAUGUAUUGCAACACUCCAUGGCACCAGGUUGAUCAUGUCCUUUUUCCAAUUAAUUUGGCAGAAAACUGGCAUUGGAUAUUGGGGUGUGUAUCAUUCCACAAGAGAUGUUUUUACGUAUAUGACUUGCUACGUAGUCGAAAGCACAAAAAAGCUAUUCAAAAGGUGGCAGAGGCAUAUGUUGUGUUGAUCUCCCUAUUUCUAGUUAGCAUUGAAUUUUAUAACCAAAGAAGUGACAUUGUAGAACAAAAUGGUCUGCACAUGGGAAAGGAGUUGACUGAUCCUUUUGAGAUUGAAAUGAUUACAAAUCUGCCAACACAGCAAAAUUCAGAUUGUAGAGUAUAUGUUGCAUGCUUUGCUGAGUAUAUUAUUGAAGAUCUUCCAAUCCCUGUUGCCAAUUUUGAUGUGGAUGGUCUUCGAGCUAGGUUUGGUAUACUGUUGUGGCACUAUGGGAGGAACAAGAAGUUGCAUGGUGAAUCAAGUGAAUCUGAGGCUCCAGUAGCACCUAAAAAGACUCGUGGAAAGAAACGCAAGAAGUAG